CGAGAGAGAACAAGCGAAUGAGAGAAGAGGCUCGCGAGCAGCGCUGUACACUGUUAUACUGGAUUGUACUUCAACGGGAGUUUGCGGUUUGGCAGGUUUAUAUACAUCAAAACAGAACAAAGAGAUAGACUCUACAGUGCUAUAAAAGAAGAGAGAGAAAAGAAUAAAGCGAGGGAGAAAUCUCGGCGACUGAAUUACAAAAGAACUAAGGACAUUCUGCUAAUGUUUUUCACAUCCAAAAGGGACGUAAACUGGGACUUUGUACAUGCUGGAGAAUUUGCAAGGCUUUUUGUUUUUUGCGACCACCGAAAAGUUUGUUUGGGACGCCGCUUUUUUCCUCCCGUAUAUUUGAAUUUUAAUGUUCGCAAUUCCAUCCUAAACUUUCUGAGCGGACUGCACAUGGUUUCAAAGGGCUUUUGAAAAAAAUCCUGGAAUUUUUUUCGCCUAUAUUCGUGCAGAAGUGUUUCAACUAGAAUGUUGUAAAUACAUGCGGAUUUUAUUUCGUUUUCUGCCUCCCUAUUUUUCUCCAGCUUUUUGGCGUUUUAAACGCACGUCCAUGGUAUUUGCCAAAAAACUGCUACUUUUAAAGUUUGAAUAAUUCAUGAGAUACAAUUUGCCUGCUCGAAAGAAGUGACUGUAAAAGGGAGGGGGGUUAUCCACAAACAUAUUCAUAAGGGUUGACGGAAUGGCCACCGCGGCUUCCAAUCCUUAUCUGCCCAGUAAUAGUAUCUUAUCGUCCGGAUCCAUCGUGCACUCUGACUCUGGAGGUGGUGGCAUGCAGCCGGGCAGUGCUGCGGUUACCUCGGGGUCUGGGGGCUACAGGGGAGACCCUUCGGUCAAGAUGGUACAGAGUGACUUUAUGCAAGGCGCAAUGGCAGCGAGCAACGGCGGACACAUGCUGAGCCAUGCCCACCAGUGGGUGACAUCUCUCCCGCACGCCGCAGCAGCGGCGGCAGCGGCGGCGGUUGCAGCAGCUGAAGCCGGAUCGCCGUGGUCAUCGAGUCCCGUCGGGAUGACGGGCAGCCCGCAGCAGCAGGACGUGAAAAACUCCGCCAGAGACGAUCUGCACACGGGAACCGCGCUGCACCAUAGGCCCCCUCACUUGGCCCCCCACCAGACUCACGCCGGGGCUUGGGGCAGCACGACUGCGGCUCACAUUAACUCAUUAUCCGGGGGGCAGCAGCAGCAGCAGUCGCUGAUAUACUCACAGCCAGGGGGCUUCACUGUGAACGGGAUGCUGAGCCCAGGGAGUCAAAGCUUGGUUCACCCAGGCUUGGUGAGGGGGGACACCCCAGACCUGGACCACGGGAGCCACCACCACCACCAUCACCACCAGCAUCCGCAUCACCAGCACCACGGCGGCGUCAACAACCACGACCCGCACUCGGACGACGACACGCCGACCUCGGACGACCUGGAACAGUUCGCCAAGCAGUUCAAACAGCGGAGGAUCAAACUGGGCUUUACGCAGGCGGACGUCGGCUUGGCUUUGGGCACACUGUAUGGGAACGUUUUCUCUCAGACAACCAUCUGCAGAUUCGAGGCUCUGCAGCUCAGCUUCAAAAACAUGUGCAAGCUUAAGCCUUUGUUAAACAAGUGGCUUGAGGAGGCCGACUCCUCCACCGGCAGCCCCACCAGCAUCGACAAGAUCGCGGCGCAGGGGAGAAAGCGAAAGAAGCGCACAUCCAUCGAAGUCAGCGUCAAGGGGGCUCUGGAAAGCCACUUCCUCAAAUGCCCCAAGCCUUCGGCGCAGGAGAUCAGCACGCUGGCGGACAACCUGCAGCUCGAGAAAGAGGUGGUUAGAGUGUGGUUUUGCAAUAGGAGACAGAAGGAAAAACGAAUGACGCCCCCAGGAGCGGCACAGACGCCGGAGGAUGUGUACUCUCAGGUCGGCAAUGGGCAUUUUUUAGUAGAUUACUUAAAAGAUGCAAGUGAACCGAGCGACCAGAGGGUGACAACUACAAGUUCAUUCCACCAGGUAAUUUUGGCUCAUUGAAACACACCAAGAGGAAACCAAGUAUUGUUUUUUAUGUUUUUACUCUUCCUCCCUCCUAAAAAACAUUCCCCCAUCAUUAUCCUGAGUUUGACUGAAGAAACAAAGGAGCAGGCAUUUUGUAUAUUUAAAAUGGGACUGAAGCGGCCUCCUUUGCCUCCUGCACCCUCCUCUCUGUCCAUGCCCAACAAUAACAGAGGAAAAAUUGCAACAGUGUGAAGAGUGACAUUCACGAAGCUUCCAUCAUGAUUUACAGCAAUUAUGUUUUCUGAGGUGGACUGCAUGGGUGCAUUUGCUCACACACACUCACACGCGCGCACGUGUACAUGCACGCGCGCGGAUUAGGGAUCCUUUUUUUUUCAAAUUCACAUCGAGGCCCUCGUGGAAGAAAAGAGGACCAGGACUGUUCCCGCCUGAUCUCAAAGAUCAGCUUUUUUUGCUCACAUGGGUUUUUAUUGUUCCUAUAAUUAUUAUUAUUUAAUGGACUUUGACACCGUGAGUGGAUCUCUCUCUCUCUCCUUUUCAACAAAUAGAGCAUAAGACAUUUGAAAAGACUUCAGUUGCACUUAUUUGAGAAAAAAAUUCUGAAUAUCUGUUGCCAAGUGUGACUGAGUGGGUGCUGUGGAUAUACUAUUAAUGCUGCCCUUUCUAAGCAGUAUUCUUUGGUAGGUUUUAAUAAACAAAACUCUGUAAAGCCGGCAAUAUAGAUCACUAGAUCAGAUACUGAUCUGAGUUAUUUACUUUAUAUUUUUCAUCAGAAUGACUUGUUUUAAUAUUUUAUUCGGAAUACAUAUGAAUUAUUCCAAACGGUAAUUUAUUUUCCCCCGGGAACUUGUGUAAGAUGCUUUCCCUUCCUUGUUUUAUUUGAAUUCUAUUUUCUUAUAUAUAUUUUUUGUUGUUGUUGCCCUUAUUUGUUUAAUUUUGUAUUAUUGUUUCUAAAGGAGCACAAAUCAUCAUAAGCUGACAUUGACCGUUGUUAGGUAAUAAGGGUAUAUUUUGAUGUGAUAAUUUGAUUGUAAUUUAAUUUCAGUAGUGGUUCCGUACGAGCUGAUUGAGACACAAUAAAUUUCUUAGAAUGAAACGCA